AUACACUACACCCUCCCCCGUCUCUGCUUCUGUGAAAGUCCGCAGUUUCUAUCUUUCCUUCCAUUCUCGGGAAAGUCCCAAGUCCGCAACUCGUAGCAUGGCCAACCAAUCUCUCCUCCUCUACCUCAUCUUCUCUCUCCUCCUCCUCCUCCUCCUCCCCAGUUCCUAUCAGACCCCUGAGCCGGCCACGCCGAGGCUCUCAGUAGCCCACACCGAGCUGACCAACUACGGCUUCCCGGUCGGCCUCCUCCCCUCCGACGUCAGCGCCUACUCCAUCAACGCGACCUCAGGAGAGUUCUCUGUGGACCUCGCCGGCGCCUGCCGGAUCACUCUCCCCCCUGAUAACUACCUCGCCGCCUACUCCAAGCGGAUCAAGGGGAGAAUCGUGCGGGGCAAGAUCGCCCAUCUGGACGGUAUUAGGGUUCGGGCCUUCUUCAGUUGGUGGUCGAUUACCGGCAUCAGGGCUAGCGGCGACAACUUGGUCUUCGAGGUCGGCUCAGUCAGCGCCAAGUAUCCCUCCAAGAACUUCGACGAGAGCCCUGCCUGCGAGGGCAGGCAGCACUCAGCUUCCUGAAAGUUCAGCGGCCUGCACUGGAUCUACAGAUCGACAUACCUGCCCGUGGCUGGAAGUUAUGCCAUACUAUCAAUGGUAGAACACAUUCCCAGAAUUGUACCUCGCAUCAUUUGUAGAGUAGGGGCUCGUAGGGUUUCAAAUGUAAACAAGCUAAACUGUUGCAUGGAUGCUUAGGAGUUUUUCAGAUAGCCGAAAAUUUGAAAAGGUGAGCUUCUAUGUUCCCCUGUUCUAGGAACUACUACUGAAAAGAAAGCUAGAAUGUCAAAGGUUCAAUAAGUUGAUAACUAUGUUCUUCGUA